GUUUUUUUUAGAUGCGUGAUGGGGUGCUCCAGGUUAUGGACAUAUUGAGUGAGUAGUAGUGUUGAAAUAUCCGGCCUGAAGACUCACGUGAAAGUUGAAUGCACGAUUUCCACGAACCCUAACAGGACCCCACAAUAGGAAUUGGCACAAUGAUUUCUCCCUUCGUGCAAGCCUACCUCUAAUGAUAGAAGAUCCGUCUGCAAGUUUCACGUGUUUGCAUGUACCGGGUGGGAAACACACUACUUGGCCAACAUGCUACAAGGUAUGAUGAAAAUACACACCUGCAUGGUGCGGGCAGUAGGUAUCACAUUGACCCGGGAACUGGCUACUGGUCAGACAGUUGACAAAGCUCUGCUUAGUAAGCUUAGGAAGAAGACAGGAUUUCCACUCAUCAACUGUAAGAAGGCCCUUGAUCAGUUUGAUAAUGACUUACAACAGGCGGAAAAAUGGCUGCUGGAACAAGCACAGAAGGAAGGAUGGGCAAAAGCUACCAAGUUGCAGAAUCGGCCAAUGUCACAGGGACUUGUUGGUGUAGUAGGGGACCAGCGGACAGCCACGAUGGUGGAGGUGAAUUGUGAGACUGACUUUGUGGCUCGGAAUGAGAAGUUUGUGAAACUGGUCUCCAGCCUGACCAUGGCCUGUCAGGACCACUUCCUCAGCCAGACAGACAGGAAGGUAAGCUUGGAAGGUGCAGCUGUCCAAGGUCUACAGGCAGGAGGUGGUAAAACCCUGGCUGAUAUGGUGGCGCUUGAGGUGGGAAGUGUCGGAGAAAACAUGUCCCUGCGUAGAGCUGUUCACCUUCGGGCUGCAGAGAACAACUUCCUGUCAUCCUACGUCCAUGUGUCAGGUGCUGAAAUCAACACGAACAGUGAAUGUAGGCUGGGCAAGUUUGGAAGCUUGUUGGAGCUGCAAGCCCUGCCAGUGGUGUCGGAGGAAUCCCCCGACUCUGCAAGUUCUUCUGACUCUGACUCUGAUUCCUCUUCAAGUGAUGAGGAAGAGGCUUCCCUGACCCGAGAGGAGGCAUGUCGACAACUGGCCCUGCAUGUGGUGGGCAUGAAUCCCAGACGCAUCGGCAAGGAAGACGAUGAGCCCAGCAAGAGCAAGGAUGAGGAAGACAAAUUGAUUUUCCAGGAGUUCUUGAUGGACCCGAGCUUGUCGGUGAAGGACAUGUUGAAGAAGAAUCAUUUGGCUAUAAAGGAGUUUGUGAGGUUUGAGUGUGGUGAGGACUUGGGAGAAGACGCCAGCUGAAGAUAGGAUUGUACAGUGUCAUGUCAUAUUCAGUGUACAGGAUGGCUGCACAGGAGCAUUGUUGUAUUGUGUGUGCCCUGAACCUGCUAUCAGAUUUUGUAGAUUUUAUUAGCCAAAUAUGUGCUUAACACGGUGUUGAUAGUGAUAAAAGUUUGGUUUUAGUUCAAAAGGUGUAUGGGCACUUUUUGCCUUGCUUCUAUCUGUUAAAAUAUCUCAAGAAUCAGGAGUUUGGGCAUUUUCUACACUUCCAUGGAAAGCACAUAGGUUAUGAAGCUUUAUAUGCUUGAGGACUAAAGCUUCCUAUGCACUAUUAAAAGAAUCCCAUUUGUACAAAAUCUCCAUGAAUUUUUCAGAAUCGUGCAUUAUAAUCACAUGUACAAAAA